UUGCAUACUUCUCAAACAUCACAAACACAUAUCUUCACAAAUCAUGAAAAUUAAUUUAAUCUCAACUCUCUCAUUCUUUUUUCUUCUUCUCAUCUCGUCGUACCCAUCGGCAGAAGCUUCUGCCGAUGGAGGCGACGAUUUUCUCCGAUGUCUCUCUCAACAAUCCCAUAAUUACUCCUCCUUCACCAACGUCGUCUACACCACAAACACCACAUCGUACACUUCCGUCCUUCAAUCAUCCAUCAAGAAUCUGAGAUUCGCGUCAGACUCGACUCCCAAACCGCACGUGAUCAUAACUCCACGGCACGAAUCCCAAAUCCCGCCCGUCAUAAACUGCGCCAAACAUAAUGAUCUGGAAGUCAGAAUCCGAAGCGGCGGCCACGACUACGAGGGACUGUCUUACGUCUCCCAAGUCCCGUUCGCGAUCAUCGAUCUGAUCAACCUCAGCGAAGUAACCGUCGACGCCGAGGCGAAAACCGCCUGGGUCGAAUCCGGCGCCACCAUCGGAACCCUGUACUAUAGAAUCGCGGAGAAGAGCCCCGUCCUCGGAUUCCCGGCGGGCCUCUGCGCGACCGUCGGCGUCGGCGGCCAGUUCAGCGGCGGCGGCUACGGCAUGAUGGUCAGAAGAUUCGGGCUGGCCGCGGACCACGUCAUCGACGCAAGAAUCAUCGACGCGAACGGCAGAAUCCUCGACAGAGAGUCAAUGGGCGAGGAUCUGUUCUGGGCCAUCAGGGGCGGCGGCGGCGCCAGCUUCGGCGUGAUUCUCGCAUGGAAGGUACGACUGGUCGAUGUUCCAGAAAAAGUUACUGUAUUCGCUGUGAACAGAUAUGGAGAGCAGAACAACACUCAGCUCUUCCAAAGCUGGCAAACUGUGGCUCCUCUAAUCGACCGAGACUUGGUGAUCGGAAUCAACUUAUACAGAGCGAACACGACGAUUCAAGGUACGUUCUUCGCCCUCUUCCUCGGCGGCGUCGACAGAUCUCCAUUGAUGCAAGAAAACUUCCCCGAGCUAGGGCUGGUAAGAGAAGACUGCUCCGAAGUUAGCUGGGUCGAAUCCGCUCUUUUCUUCGCCCAGAUCACCGGAGCGGAAUCUCUCGAUCAAGAUCCGCUCCGAGUUCUGCUCAACAGAACUCAGUACAGUAUCAGACGGUUCAAAUCCAAAUCAGACUUCGUGCAGAAACCCGUUCCUGAAACCGGGAUCCAAGGCAUUGUCAGAUUAUUACUCGAACCAGAAGCAAGCGAGGCUUUCGUCUUCGUGAUCCCAUACGGUGGAAGAAUGUCUGAAAUUUCUGACUCCGCCACGCCGUUCCCUCAUAGGGCGGGCAACUUGUACAUUCUUGCUAGCUCAGUGUAUUGGGGCGACGGCGAGGCUCGGGACUCGGAGAGGUACAUAAGUUGGAGCAGAAGGUACUACAGUUACGUGGCUCCUUAUGUUUCGAGGUCUCCGAGAGGUGCGUACCUCAACUACAGAGAUCUCGACAUCGGAGUCAAUAGCGUUGAAGGGGAGACGAGCUAUGGAGAAGCCAGCAUUUGGGGGAGAAAAUAUUUCAAGGGGAAUUUCGAUCGUCUUGUUCGAGUGAAAACCAAAGUUGAUCCAGAAAAUUUCUUCAGAAACGAACAGAGCAUUCCACCAUUGUAUUCAAAAGGGGAUUAAGAUGUAUUUGGAUAUGGCGUUGUAAGUUAUUUUCUAGCAUUAGCGAUAUUGUGUAUAUGGUUAUUUCGUUUUUUUGUAUUUGUACUGAUAAAUUGGUUGCUAUACGAUAGUAAUGUUCUAAAUAUUUUCAAGCAUAUAACACUA